AUGUUUAUCCCGGCGAGGGGGCGACAUUUUGGUUUCCAUCCGCCGGCCGGUUGCCCCGGCGGCGGCGUCUCCCUCCGUCCGGCAGUGUCCCAGGCAGGCCCCGGGAGGUCCGGCGGUAGGGUGGACGCGAUGUGGCGGCUCCGCUGCAAGGCCAAGAACGGCACCCACGUCCUGCAGGGUCUUUCGAGCCGGUCCCGCGUGCGGGAGCUCGAGGGCCAAAUAGCCGCCCUCACCGGGAUCGCCCCCGGCGGGCAGCGGAUCCUCGUUGGCUUUCCCCCGGAGUGCCUGGACCUUAGCAACGGGGAGACCGUGCUGGGAGACCUGCCUAUCCAGUCGGGUGAUACUUUGAUCAUCGAAGAGGACAAAACCAAGCAUAAGACUUCAUCUUCUGCAGUUACAAAACAUGGUGCUCAUACUUCAUUCAGGGAAGUUUUGCCUGUGCUUUCCAGGACUGUGGUCCCAGCAGAUAACUCCUGCCUCUUCACCAGUGUGUACUAUGUAGUUGAAGGGGGAGUUUUGGAUCCAGCUUGUGCCCCUGAGAUGCGAAAUCUUAUAGCAGAGAUAGUAGCAAGUGAUCCAGAAUUCUAUUGUGAGGCAUUAUUGGGAAAAACAAAUCAAGAGUACUGUGACUGGAUUAGAAGAGAUGACACUUGGGGAGGAGCUAUUGAGAUAUCCAUUUUGUCAAAGUUUUAUCAAUGUGAAAUUUGUGUAGUGGACACUCAGACAGUCAGAAUUGACCGUUUUGGGGAAGAUGCUGGUUACACCAAAAGGGUACUACUAAUUUAUGAUGGCAUCCACUAUGAUCCACUUCAGCGAAACUUCCCUGACCCAGAUAGUCCUCCCUUGACCAUCUUUUCCUCCAAUGAUGACAUUGUUCUUGCACAAGCAUUGGAAUUGGCAGAUGAAGCUAGAAGAAAGAGGCAGUUUACUGAUGUAAACCGGUUCACCCUGAGAUGCAUGGUGUGCCAAAAGGGGUUAACCGGACAAGCAGAAGCAAGGGAACAUGCCAAGGAGACUGGCCAUACCAACUUUGGAGAGGUGUGAUCUAUGCAGGAGGAAGCAUUGUCUACUACCUCAGUCAUCCAGAAGGCUCUGGGUUUUCCAAUAAGCUCUCUGUAAACCUAAAAGACAAAAGGACAUAAUGCU